UCCUUCAAGUUCAUGCAGAAGAUUCUUGCAGAGAUUUUGGGAACCUACUUCAUGAUCUUCGCGGGGUGCGGCUCCGUGGUGGUGAACCAGAGGACCGGCGGCACGGUGACGUUCCCUGGGAUCUGCAUCGUGUGGGGGCUUGUGGUCAUGGUGAUGGUCUACUCCGUCGGCCACGUCUCCGGUGCGCACUUCAACCCCGCCGUCACCGUCGCCUUCGCCACCUGCCGGCGCUUUCCAUGGAAGCAGGUGCCGUCCUAUGUCCUGGCUCAGGUGCUGGGAUCCACGCUGGCAAGCCUGACGCUGCGCCUGACGUUCGGCGGCGGGCAGGAUCACUUCUUCGGAACAGCGCCUUCGGGUUCGUACACGCAGGCGGUGGCGCUCGAGUUCAUCAUCUCCUUCUACCUCAUGUUCGUCGUCUCCGGAGUGGCCACAGACGACAGAGCGAUUGGUGAAUUAGCCGGUCUCGCUGUCGGUGCCACCGUCGUGCUGAACGUGCUCUUUGCCGGGCCAAUCACGGGGGCGUCCAUGAACCCGGCGAGGAGCCUCGGGCCAGCGAUCGUCGCCGGUCGCUACGGCGGCCUGUGGGUGUACGUCGUCGGCCCUGUGUGCGGGACGGUGGCGGGCGCGUGGGCGUACAACCUCAUCCGGCUGCACGACAAGCCGAUCACCAGGAGCUCCUUCCUCAAGACCUUGUCUCAGAUGAACCUGAUUCUUGCCCAUCAACCCAUAUAG